UAUCAAAAUUAAUUCUUUUUUCAGAUCAUCACUCAUCUAUGCAAGUCUGGUUACAUCUUACAUUUGGAUAUUAUUUCAACCAUAUUCAUUGUCAACUUAUCAAAGAUGCUAAACGAUAUUAAUGAUUACAUAUAAUGACAAAAAGAAUAACAAAAAUAAAAGAUAAAUGUGAAUAAAAAAAGAAGCAAUGAAUCACAUGAGAGAAAGCUGUAAAAUAACAUGGUGGUUGUGGAAAAUAAAUAGGCCAACCGGCCUGAGAUAUGCCAGCGAUAACAAUAAUAUCUCAACAAUCCUCAAGAACAUCAUCAUUAUUGUCAGCUAAAAUAGCGGAACUGCAUCAAUCAUCAUUAUCGUCGUCGCUGUCGUUGUUGUCCUGGGAUUGCCAGGUCUUCACGACACGACGCAAUCUUUUUGUAUCAGCGAUUGUUGACUUACGUCCAAGUAAGGCAGUGCACUGUCCAAAUUUGAAUGCCUGCUUGGUAAAUGAAUCACGUUCCAGAUAUGAUCAUGUAAAUUGUCAAACAAUCCAUUUUGGUUAUGCGAUUCCAAUUAACAUCGUGCCUGUUCAAAAGAAUCCUGAGUUAGUCGAAUUGGUGUUGGAUCAGUCUGUCGAAUUGAGUAAUCAAGUGGUGAAUUUUCUAUUUAAUCAUCAUCCGCAAUUGUGUCAACAACAGCAUUUUUAUGACAUGGCUGCCACAGCCAAGCAUGAUUUACGUCGAAAAUUUCCUGCAGAAACAUCAGCUUCCGGUGAAGAAGAUAUUGCCGCAAUCGCCAAACAGAUCAGUGAUCAUGCAGAGGCGAUUUAUCAGACGUGGAAAAGUCGCGGAUUAGCACCGACGGAGAUUCUAACUUGUCACAGCAAUACAACUGCUGUUGACAAAUUUGGUAGCACAUUAACACCUUGCAACUCACCUACCGGGAAUGCUGUGUGUGGAAAUAAUAUAGGUGGCAAGACAUCACCAUCGUCUUCACUUGAACAUUCUUCCCCAACAACGGUAGAUAUAUUAGCACAAACGCCAAAUCUAGACAAUGGCAAUCUUGAAAAACUAGUCAAUAAUUUUGUAGAAGAGGAUAAAGCUAGAAUAGCUGCUUCUAAAAAAAAAUCACCAUCUAAGGCAUUACCAUCUUCCAUACAAUUUGCCUUGCAGAAAUUUGAAAGAAACUCUAUGCAACAGCAACAGACGGUUAUUGUCUCAAAGAAUAAUCUAAUUGCCGAUAACUCGAAGAAAUUGUCAAGUGUCUUACUAUCUCCUACUUCGUUUUUGAACAAACCGUCACAAAUAAUAAAACCUCAGGUUCCUACAAAGACGCCCAGCUCUCAUCACUGCGAAGUCUUUUUGGAGACUAUCGAAACCACUUUUCCAGUUGAUUUGACAUCUAAUAGAAUGACACAACAAAAAAGACCGACUAGUACAUUAAUUGCAUCAUCAUCCACUGAUUUCUCACUGAACAUUAACUCAUCGCAUUCGACUUCAGGUUUGACAACUUGGCCAUUGAAAAAUAAAUUAAACGAUGUCAAAAAAAUCGCAAAUGUAUCUUGCACAUCAGCUGAAAUAUCUCAACAUGAAGAUAUUACGAAAACAUUGCAAGCGCAGAAUGAAAAGAAAUCGGUUAUGGCAGAAAUAAAUUCACGAUGUGCAUAUCUUGACGAAGUUGCACGAGAGGAAGAAAGACUGAUAAAUGCUUUAAAGACAGGUGCUGUAAUCACCGAGGAACCAGAAAGGACAAUAGCAUGUUUGCGUAAUAGACAGAAACCAUCGGUCAAGCAAGAAAAACCAAAGGUUGAAUCGGUCAAACAAAUUAUUAUCGGAGGUCAUAAUUAUCAUGGAAACAGUUCGACAGUAUCUAAGUCGAGAGCUUCUAGUUCUAUAGCAAAUAUCACCAAAAAUGGCAAUGUUAUCACUGCCGCCACUAUACCUACUGAUCAAGUUGUGUUAGUUAAUGAUACAAAAUUACUCAGCAAGGAUGAUCUGUCCGCUAUGUCGGCGGUUGACUAUGCUAAGGUUAGAUAUCAGGCUGCUCAACAAAAUCCACCUACCCAACAACGACUCGAGGAGCAACGAGCUUCCAACAAUCCGUAUAAUAAUUCUACUACAGAGCAAUUGGUUUCUAGCACAAGAACAAAAUUUGAGAUGGAGAUUCGAAAGGAUAAGGAUAUUAAGGACUUGGAUAAAGAUUUAGUGACAUCUAAAUGGGGACCAAAAAUUACUUCUCCACGGCCACGUCUAGAGCAGACUGUACCCCAUCCAGAAUUGACUAAUCAACAAAAGCAGAAUAUAAGGACUGCUGUGGGAACGGGAACAGGCAACAAUCCCGUCAGGCCGUUCCUUACUAGAGGUUCCGUGGCAGAGCGUGUACUCAUUUUCGAAAAAUGUCCGAGCGAGCUGCUGUUAGACAAACGUGGUCCACGACAACCGGCCAUUAAUACAUGGAGAGGUAGUCAUGAGGUGCAAAAUAAAGCUCAGCAAGAACGUACCUGCUUCUGCGUAUAUGGACAGCAUAGUGAAAAGAAUACAUACUUGGGUAAAAACAAGUUUCUUAAAUGACAUACCUACCGUUAG